GAACACAAUCCACAUUCAGGCUCCUCACAGACCCCGGGGUGUGAGGAUGUCACUACGUUUAGCCUCCUUGCUCCUACUGCUGGCCAGGGUCCUGACCCAGAGAGGUUCACACUCGCUGCGGUAUUUCUACACCGCCGUGUCCCGGCCCGGCCUCGGGGAGCCCCGGUUCAUAAUCGUCGGCUACGUGGACGACACGCAGUUCGUGAGCUUUGACAGCGACGCGGAGAAUCCGAGGGUGGAGCCACGCGCGCCGUGGAUGGAGCAGGAGGGGCCGGAGUAUUGGGAGGGGGAGACUGGGAAAGCCAGGAACAUGGGGAGGUACUUCAAAGUGAACCUGAGGACCUUGCUCCACUACUACAACCAGAGUGACCACGAGCCUCACACGCUGCAGUGGAUGUAUGGCUGCGAUAUGGGGCCUGAUGGUCGCCUGCUCCGCGGGUAUUGUCAGGAGGCCUAUGAUGGCCGGGAUUACAUCGCCCUGAACGAGGACCUGCGCUCCUGGACCGCGACUGACUUUGCCUCACAGAUCUCUAAGAGCAAGUCAGAGAAGGUCGAUGAGGCCCACCACCAGAGGGCAUACCUGCAAGGUUCUUGUGUGAAGUGGCUCCAGACAUACCUAGAGCUGGGAAAGGAGAAGCUGCUGCGCUCAGAUCCUCCAAAGACACGUGUGACCCAUCAUCCCAGAUCUGAAGGUGAUGUCACCCUGAGGUGCUGGGCCCUGGACUUCUACCCUGCUGACAUCACCCUGACCUGGCAAUUGAAUGGGGAGGACCUGACCCAGGACAUGGAGCUUGUGGUGACCAGGCCUUCAGGGGAUGGAACCUUCCAGAAGUGGGCAUCUGUGGUGGUGCCUCUUGGGAAGGAGCAGAGAUACACAUGCCAUGUGCAACAUGAGGGGCUGUCUCAGCCCCUCAUCCUGAGAUGGGAGCCUGCUCCACCCACUGACUCCAACAUGGUGAUCAUUGCUGUUCUGGGUGUCCUUGGUGCUGUGGCCAUCAUUGGAGCUGUGGUGGCUUUUGUGGUGAAGAGGAGGAGAAACACAGGUGAAAAAAGAAGCUAUGCUCAUGUUUAAGGCUGCAAAGCUUUCCUGAUCACUGACUGCCCUCAGAAGGCAUGAAAAGACUUGGCAGUGGAAGCAGCUUACAUCUCUCGGCAGUCUGCUCCUGCCGUUUUUUCUUUGGCUUCCUUCAUUCUCUUGGCCCAACACUUAGCUCUGCAGCCUCUCCUUGGUCCCCAUAGCACAUCCUCUCUACAGAACAGCACAUCGGGUGUUGUGUUGCAGGACUCGUGGAGUAACAAGAUGACAGAUCUCCAGGGCUUUGGUUCUGUACCUCUUACCUUCUUUGCUUACUUACUGACAAUGUGCUGGCCGACACCCCCAGCUUCCUUAGGAAGACUAAAAAGCCUUCAGAUUCUGCAGUUCAUUUGGGCCCCAACCGCUGAGGCACAGUACUGUCUGUCAGCCCAGGAAUCUCCUUUUCUCCUUUGCUUAUGAUAACCAAGCUGAGGACUCAGACUGGCAUCCAUAAUCCGUCUGCGGACAGACUCGGGCACCUCUCACCAGCUUUCCUU